UCCAUAGCAAUCUCUGCUGCUGCAGACCAACUGACAGGGAUCGACUGGUCCACGUGGCUAUCAGAUAAUGCUUCAGCCGGCAUAGAAAGAGGGAGAACGAGACAGAGGUCGAGUCCACAGAGGCCAGAGAUCUAGGUUUUGGUGGGACGAGCGGAAGGACGACAAUGGCUGAAAUCGGGAAGACGAAGCUUGACUCCGGGUGGCUCGCCGCCAGAUCCAUCGACAUUCAACUCACUGGAACUCAGCUCACCACCACUCACCCUCCCGCCGGCCCCAGCUCCCCCUGGAUGGAGGCCGUCGUUCCCGGAACUGUCUUGGGAACCCUUGUGAAGAACAAACUUGUGCCAGAUCCCUUCUAUGGCUUGGAAAAUGAGUCAAUUUUAGAUAUUGCAGAUGCUGGAAGGGAGUAUUACACAUUCUGGUUUUUCAGAACUUUCCAUUGUAAGCUGUCAGGAAAUCAGCAUGUGGAUCUGAAUUUCCGUGCAAUCAAUUACUAUGCAGAAGUUUAUUUGAAUGGGCACAAAAUGGUCCUGCCAGAGGGGAUGUUUAGAAGACAUUCUCUAGAUGUCACUGAUGUGCUGCAUCCUGAUAAACAGAACUUGCUAGCUGUUCUUGUUCACCCUCCUAAUCAUCCUGGAACCAUUCCUCCUGAGGGCGGCCAAGGAGGUGAUCAUGAGAUUGGAAAAGACAUUGCUGCACAAUAUGUUGAGGGCUGGGAUUGGAUGGCUCCUAUAAGGGACAGGAACACUGGCAUUUGGGAUGAAGUAUCAAUUUCUGUUACUGGGCCUGUGAAAAUUAUAGAUCCCCACUUGGUUGCAUCAUUCUUUGACAACUACAAGAGAGUAUAUCUGCACACGACGAUUGAAUUAGAAAAUAGAAGUUCCUGGGUUGCUGAUUGUGCUUUGAAUAUCCAAGUGUCGACUGAACUUGAGGAAGGCAUUUGCUUAGUAGAGCAUCUUCAGACUCAGCACUUGUCAAUCUCUCCUAGCGCUCGUGUUCAAUAUUCAUUUCCUGAGCUUUUUUUCUACAAGCCCAAUCUAUGGUGGCCAAAUGGCAUGGGGAAGCAAUCCCUGUACAAUGUUAGUAUCACCGUUGAUGUAAAGGGACAUGGUGAGUCUGAUUCAUGGAGCCAUCCAUUUGGAUUUCGUAAAAUUGAGAGCCACAUUGACAAUGCAACUGGUGGCAGGUUAUUUAAAGUCAAUGGCCAACCUAUUUUUAUUCGUGGUGGUAAUUGGAUAUUGUCUGAUGGGUUACUACGGCUUUCGAAGAAACGAUACAAAGCAGAUAUUAAGUUUCAUGCAGAUAUGAACUUCAACAUGAUCCGCUGUUGGGGUGGUGGAUUGGCCGAGAGACCCGAGUUUUAUGAUUAUUGUGAUAUUUAUGGUCUGCUGGUAUGGCAAGAGUUCUGGAUAACUGGAGACUGUGAUGGACGGGGUAUCCCAGUAUCAAACCCAGAUGGUCCCCUUGACCAUCAACUAUUUUUGCUAUGUGCAAGAGACACUGUAAAGCUUCUGAGGAAUCAUCCUAGUCUUGCUCUUUGGGUAGGAGGAAAUGAACAAACACCACCACAUGACAUCAACAUGGCGCUAAAAUAUGACCUUAGACUGCAUCCUGAUUUUGCUAAGUUAGAUGAAAAUGGUCAGUCUAUCAAAGAUCUAUCCCCAAUCUUGAGAGAUCCAAGCCAAUAUCUGGAUGGUACACGCAUUUAUAUCCAGGGAUCUAUGUGGGAUGGAUUUGCAAAUGGAAAGGGGGACUUCACUGAUGGUCCUUAUGAAAUCCAGAAUCCUGAAAGCUUCUUUAAGGAUGAUUUUUACAAAUAUGGAUUCAAUCCUGAGGUGGGUUCUGUGGGAAUGCCAGUUGCCGCCACCAUUAGAGCAACAAUGCCUCCAGAGGGAUGGCAGAUUCCAUUGUUUAAGAAGCUACCUGAUGGUUAUAUAGAAGAAGUCCCAAACCCCAUAUGGGAGUACCACAAAUAUAUUCCCUACUCAAAACCAAGUUCGCUUCAUGAUCAGAUUCUUAUGUAUGGGACCCCAAAGGAUCUUGAUGACUUUUGUCUGAAGGCUCAACUUGUCAAUUACAUUCAGUAUAGAGCUCUAUUAGAGGGCUGGACUUCCCGGAUGUGGAGCAAAUAUACUGGGGUCUUGAUUUGGAAGACUCAAAAUCCUUGGACAGGUCUCAGAGGACAAUUUUACGAUCAUCUCCAUGAUCAAACUGCAGGUUUCUAUGGCUGUCGUAGUGCAGCAGAACCAAUCCAUGUCCAACUGAAUCUGGCUACAUAUUUUAUAGAGGUUGUAAACACUACAUCAGAGACACUAUCAAAUAUAGGUAUAGAAGCAUCAGUGUGGGAUCUUGAAGGAACAUGUCCAUACUACAAAGUUUCUGACAAGCUCUCUGUGCCACCAAAAAAAACGGUACCCAUCAUUGAGAUGAAGUAUCCCAAGUCUAAAAAUCCAAAAGCAGUCUACUUUCUUCUUCUCAAACUUUACAACAUGUCCAACUAUGGCAUUUUGUCUAGAAACUUUUACUGGUUGCAUCUGUCUGGUGGAGAUUACAAGCUGUUGGAGCCAUACCGGAGCAAGAAAAUACCCCUCAAGAUAACAUCCAAGGUUUUCAUCACAGGAUCCACUUACGAGAUCCAAAUGCACGUGCAGAACACAUCAAAGAAACCGGACUCUCUUAAUCUAAUCUACAAGAAUAAUCUCAUUGUCAGAAAUGGCGAUGGCGAUUAUGAUACGACUGCAGCAGAGCCUGUUCAUAGCAGGAUGGAGGAAAAACACGGAGUUGGUGUGCUUCAGAGGAUUUGCAGCCGCUUUUCAAAGGAAGCUGCUGGUUUGAAGGUCGUCCAAAUGAACGGAGCUGAUGUAGGGGUUGCUUUCUUCCUUCAUUUCUCGGUUCAUGUUUCAAAGAAAGAGCACAAGGCAGGAGAAGACACAAGAAUCCUUCCCGUUCAUUAUUCUGACAACUACUUCUCGCUGGUGCCCGGUGAGACAAUGCCGAUCACCAUCACCUUUGAGGUCCCUCCAGGCGUCACCCCUCGGGUUACGCUCAAUGGCUGGAAUAACCAUAGCGACUACACUGUAUAUUAAGAUUGGUAAGAUUCUUAAUAAUGCAGAAUUAUGUUUUUUCAUGUAGACCAUAAUUUGAUGUUUAUGAUCGUUUGGUCCAUUCUAGAUACUGAUGAGAGGGGAAAUAAAGCGGCAAAUGCCAAGAGACAAAAUGAGAAAUGGUCCUUCAAAAUGUAGAUAAGUACCCAUCAUUUAACAAUGUUGUGUUGGUUUUGUAUAUGUGGAAUGGGUAAUUGUCAUUUUGUUGGUUUUUAGUCAAAAGGGAGGAGAAAAAUGGCUGAAGUGCCUUAAAAAGUACCUUUUAUUUAUUUUUUA